GGUGUUUCACUUUUUAUAAUGCAGUUGCUAAGAUUUGCCAGUUGUUAAUCCAUUCCACGCAAGAAUACGAGCCCGGUGCAACUUACGCCUGUCAGUUUCGGGGUGCCCUAUGGUUGCAAGCAUCCGUAAAUUUACUGAAUGUUCUGGGUAUGUCUACUUGGUUAAAGUUUGAGGACUGCUCAAACAAUCUUGGAGUGAAAUGCAAAGGCAGAAGUAACAGUAUGUUACCGAAAAAACAAACGCAAGAAACUGCUUGUAGUGUAUUAGUCUACAAACAAUUGCUGGCUGCCUUAUUUCCGUUUUCGGCUACGUCUGCCUCAGAUUCGUGAUAAUGAUAAAAAUAAAUUAAAAACCAGAGGUUCCUGACAAACUGGUCAAACUGGCCAAACUUCACUUACUGGCCAAGCUUCACAGAAGUGGUGGAAAUACUAAUUCAGGCAAUUAUUAUGGACACCAAAACUGCGCCGCAAUUCAAAGCAAUGGAAGCAUAUUCCGAGAGUUGAAUAACUUGUUCAUUUAGCUCAAGGAACACAACCAGAGAAACUAAAUUUAACUAAUAAGGAUUUGUUUUAUAAUGCCUGUUGUAACUUCAGAGUUGAUGUCACCUACGAGUGGAAAGCGCUAUCCUCUGCCAGAAAUUAUGUGGCUCGCGCCAGCUUCGAGAAUGCGAAUGUGCAGGGAAAUGCUUUGCUGUCGCAGUGAAUGCGUUCCCGCGGCCACCGUAAAUACACACCGCGGAAAAGUUGCUGGGGCAGCAGUGCAUGUCGUAGCGUAUGUGAAAGUCCGCGUUUCGCGAGACAUAGCAAGACACAAUGCUUCUGAUAAACUGUUACACUUUAGGGACUGGCAUAUCUUUAUUGUAAAAUUACAACUUCCCCGUACAGUCACUUAAACAGCAAUUAUAUAUUGAAUAAAUUAGAUUUCGAAAAUGAGUUGUGUGAGUUGUUACUCCCCAAAAACGUAUUUUAUACAAGCAAUGGCUUGCCGUUUAAUUAACCCCAUCGUGCCGAAACACUUAUCACGGAAAAUAAAAGCAACUUAAUUUGUCGUUCUUUCAGGCCAUAGAGGGCACAGUAAUACAAAAGAAGACUGAUUAAAUUGUUUUAGUAAAGAUUUUAGUAAUGAUUUAUUUAGUAAUUAUUGUUUUACUCUAUCCACAGCUGAAACGUUGCUCCAGCGUAUUAAAGACGCUAGUAUAGGCGAUAGGUCAGGUUCAUUUGCUUGAAUUUAAUUUUUUGGACUCCGAAACUCAGUGCGAAAUACACAAAGGAUACGUUGGGCGUUACGAGGCUAAUUAAAGCUAAUCUUUACGAGAUAAUAAUUGCGCAGUGAAGCCUCAUGAGCUACGACACGCAUUGGCCCGAUCGAUGAGAAGAGUUGACUGCGCGAAUUGCGUCAGACAUAUAUCAGUUUGACCGCGGUUGACACGCAAGCGAGGGCCGCGAGCAUGCCUUCCUGUUUAAUUCUUUUGUCAACUCGAAGCGCGGGAACGCUGUAAGUUCGAGUGCGCUCUUCAGAUAACGCUGACGGAAAGAAUCACGUGACCAGCUUUAACCUCGUUUUCUUCGAGAAAGUUCGAGAACUAUACAGUAGCCACUCUCGAAGCGCGAUGGGGAAGCGAAAAUGCUUGUGGCUUCAAGCUACAAUUCACGCCACUUUUUCGAAGGCACCACAGAGUGACUGAAAGAAUGCAGGCUGCUCAUUUUCGCGAGACAUUCCAGUGGCUCGUGGUUCGAACAACGCGGGCACGGACAGCCGGAUCAAGCUACGUUUCCCAGCAGACGAGGUCGCAACCUUUUCGAAGGCGCCACAAUUUGACAGAAAGAAUGCUGGCUGCUCGUGCAUGUAGGACUUCCCCGUGGCUCAUGGUGCGAACAAUGGGGUUGACGAACAGCCGGGCCAAGUUCCGCUUCCUAGGUGACAAGGGCAUUCCGCUGACAUUCGUUGUUCGAACAACGGGGGGACGGACAGCCAGGUCAAGCUACGUUUCACAGCAUGCGAGGACUUCCCCGUGGCUCAUGGUCCGAACAACAGGGGGACGAACAGCCGGGCCAAGUUCCGGUUCGAAAGAGACAAGUUACGAGCCAGCCAAUGUGCAGGUAGUCGCCGCGAGCCAACGCACCUGCGUGGACGUGUGGGGCGCGGUGUUCAAGACACGGUCUCGGGCCUCCACACCACAUGGAGGGCGCUCUUACUUCGCAGCGCUACUGGAGCGAAAUCUUGGACGACAGUCUUCCCACUUAGGCCCCCACCGCUUUCCCCGAUGCUGAUUUUGUGUUCCAGCAUGACUAUGCGCCGGUGCACACUGCUAAGAUUGUGAAAGAGCACUUAGAAACCCGUAGAGUCCAUCUGCUCUCCUGGCCGGCCAAGGGCGCUGACAAGAACAUCUGCGAAAAUGUAUGGGCGCGCAGCCAUGGUGCGACACGAUUUAUUCGGCGACUGUGGACGAGAUAUGGGUAGCUGUUUGCCAAGAGUGGGGAACAUCUUACAGCAAGUAGCCCUGUGCCUGCCCUGUACUCUUCAAUACCGUCUGGAAUGGCCGCAGUUGUUGCUGAGAAAGGAGAUAUGACAAAAUAUUAAAGAAUCAAGCAGCGAGUAUUUGCAGUUUACAUCUUUCGCUUCUGUAACUGUUGCCACAUUUCUUCAUAAGUGUGCAAAAUAAAAGUUUGGAUGUUUAUGUUUA